AUGUAUCGCUUCGUGAUCUUCACCCUUGUGGCCAUGCUUCUACGCCCCACGGAGACGCCUUUCACACUUGUCGACGACGCGACCUAUGUUACCGAUGCUAUCAAUGCUAGCGAUGCGAACUAUGUUUCCCCUACUAAUGACACGACCUAUUUUACCUCUGCUGGCAAUGCUAGCAACGCGACCUGUCUUGUCUCUACCAGUAACGCGACCUAUGUUACCUCUGCUAUUACCCUUUUUCAAGAAUUCUACCACCGAAGCCACGGAAACAUCAACUUCGACCAAUUGAUUCAGCUCCGCGAUCGCGUCCUCGCUUCUGAGCAGGUCGAAGCCAUUCACUACAGAGCCGAGGCCCUUGUCAUUCCCUACAUCAGUGUUUGCCGACGUAUCGCCACCGACACGAUCGAGCGAUUCCCUGCGCUCCGCUCGGUAGACCGAUAUUUCCUGCCUCGACCGUCGUACGAGAACCUCACCUUCCAUGCUGAGCAUGGUGCGUGUGUGUGGACCGAGUCGUCCACUGGACUUCCCGCUAACUUUAGCCCACAUGUUGGUACCGUCUUCCUCCUACUAGCAACAAAUGCUUGCUCGAUCGUUCUAUCGGUCUUUAUCUGUUUCACCAUCAUCGCUUCGUUCCAAACUAUAGGGACAGCUUUGAAAGCAGUGACAAGCCUUGUGUAUUGGCCCAAGGCUACAUGUCAAACUAUUCUCGAGAAACUUGGAUAUGCCCUCCUGAACAUCUCCCAAGUUGCGGUCACUAUCAUCGCCCUUUGUGCAACACUGCUGGUCUUCGUCAUCAGCAAUAUCGCCAUGCUCGCCGCGAACCAUCUCGAUAUUGGCUUCAAGCCGAAGAAAGUCACGCGCCUCGUAUCUCACGUCGAUGCGGCUCCAAAGAAGGCGAAGGUAAUCCCCGAUCCACUCAUAGAGAAAUUGCGGCUUCAGAAGCGCCGCCUGGAGGACGAGCUGGAGGAGAAAAUCGACCUCCUCUACAGCAACGGCAUGACACAUGCCGCCGAAAUGUACCAAGCUCACGGGGAAAACGCUGUUUUAGAAGAUGCCAACAAAGCUCAAAAAGCUGUAAUCGUCAAGUUGCGAAACAUGCUUGCGGAUAUCGGUCUGACGCGUCCGCUACACGAGCAGUUCAAGGAGCUACAGCAGAAGAUCAAGGACCUAGAGGAGAAACUCGGGCGCGCAGUCGAAAAGGGAGACCUGCGAGAGAAGGAACUUCUCCAGCGAAUCCGGGAGCGCGAUGAACUCGUCAGCGCACAGUACAAAUCCCUGGAAGCUCAAAGUAAUGAGCGCGAGGAACUCAUCAGGUCACAUGAGAUAUUCGAGGCUCAAGUCAAGCAGCGUGAGGGAAUCGCCAGGCUACAGAAAGAGUCCCUCCAGUCUUUAGAAGCUCAAAUUAAUGAGCACGAGGAAAUCGCCAGGUCACAGAAAAAGUCCAUGCAGUCUUUAGAAGCUCAAAUCAAGGAGCGCGAGGAACUUUUCGAAUCAGAGAAAAAGUCUCUCGAAACCUCCUUACAGAAGAAAUUCGCGACAGAGAAGGAGAAACUGCUUGCGGUAUCCGAAGCCAAUCUGGAAGCGCGCAAGGCUGCAGAAGAAGAAUCCAAAUCGCUAAAGAUGCAGCUAGCGGCCACCACUUUCCGCAGGUUCCGUAGUCCUAACCGUUGCAAGUGCAGAGACUACCCCGUUUUCUACGAUUUGGCGCACCAUUUCUCGAAACUUUCGCUUCACGAUCCCAAAGAAGAAAAAGUUGACGCCGUACCUGAGGCUGAGGAGCCUGUCAGUUGCCCUCCCGAACCACAGAUCCAGCCAUUUCUGGGGGGCAGGCACGUGUUGCCUCUUCCAAGUCGGUACAAGAAGGUCGCCAAAUCCAGCAACGGCCCCGAUCCCGUCGACAUGGAUACUUUCAAGUUCGACUCCAAGGCCUUCAGCGACGCUUCCAUGUUCGAGUACAAGCCUGGCCCGGCCAAGUAG